AUGGAGAAUACUUGUGAUUAUGGAUUUUUUUAUGAGAGGUUGCUUGCUAUCGAUGCUUUUCCUUGGUAUGUAGACUUUGUGAAUUAUUUAGCUACUGGUACGCUACCACCAGACCUCAUUCACCAAGAACAUUCAUCGGUGACGAGGGUUCCCAGUUUGUUAGUAGGCAAGUUACCAUGCCUUGCAAACUAUGGAGUAAAACAUCACAUUGCCACAACAUACCACCCUCAAACAAAUGAUCAAGCCGAGGUCUCAAAUCGCUUGAUAAAGCAAAUUUUAGAGAAGUCCGUGAAUCCUUCAAGGAAGGAUUUGUCUUUACGACUUGAUGAAGCUUUAUGGGCUUGUAGAACAGCUUACAAGACCUCUUUGGUCAUGUCUCCUUAUUGUAUUGUUUAUGGAAAAACUUAUCGUUUACCCAUGGAGCUGGAGCAUAAAGCUAUGUGGGCUUUGAAGAAGCUGAACUUUGACAUUGAUGCUACUGGUGAGAAAAGAAUGUUGGACAUCAAUGAAUUAAAAGAACUUCAAAAUGAUGCGUACGAGACCGCCUGGAUUUGCAAAGACAAGAGUAAGAAAUGGUGCGAUAAACACAUUUUUCCACAUAAGUUUCAUACUGGAGAAUAUGUGUUGUUAUUUAACCCUCAAAUAAAGCUAUUUGUUAAGAAGCUUUGA